GUACCGCUCGUACCGCUGUCAGUGAGCGCGCGGACCCUGCGCAGACCGGGCCAUUGUGACUACCCUCUCCACGCGGGAUUCUUGGACAUUUUACCGUUUUGUGAAUGCGCCCUGAUUUCUAAACGCAUGGAUUGAAACAGAUACGCCUCAUGUGAAAAGGAGAGACCAGAACACUGCCGCUUUGUUGACUCCUGACACCCACUCCACUCUUCAGCCCGUGCACUUGUCACCGCCACACUGUCUGAAGACCCGGGGUAACGCGAGGCCGAAAUAAAGACUAUAAAAGCCGUGUGGAGCUCCCGGUAGUUCUGCUUUCAAACGGGUGAGCGUUCCCCGGCAGUGCGCAUAAACCGUGGUGCGUCGUGCCGUGCAGCCAUGCCCUGCGUCCAGGCUCAGUAUGGAUCAUCACCUCAAGGCGCCAGUCCUGCAUCCCAGAGCUACAGCUACCACAGCGCGGGCGAGUACAGCUGCGACUUCCUCACGCCCGAGUUUGUGAAGUUUAGCAUGGACUUGACCAACACUGAGAUCACUGCCACCACGUCUCUGCCGAGCUUCAGUACCUUCAUGGACAACUACAACAGUGGCGCGUACGACGUCAAGCCCCCCUGUCUCUACCAGGUGCCACACGCGGGCGAGCAGUCCUCCAUCAAAGUGGAGGACGUCCCGAUGCACGGGUACCACCAGCAGAGCCACCUCACAGCCCCGAGCGAAGACAUGAUGCCGCACGCGGGGCCUAUGUACUUCAAGCCCUCCUCGCCCAGCACGCCCAACUUCCAGGUGCAGCCCAAUCACAUGUGGGAAGACCCGGGCUCUUUGCACAGUUUCCACCAGAACUACGUGGCCACGCACAUGAUGGAGCAGCGCAAGAACCCCGUGUCCCGGCUCUCCUUGUUCUCCUUCAAACAGUCUCCUCCCGGAACCCCCGUGUCCAGCUGUCAGAUGCGCUUUGACGGCCCGCUGCACGUGUCCAUGAACCACGACAGUCACGGCGGCGCGCAGAGCUUCGCGGUGCCCAGCGCUCUGAGGAAACAGGCCGGGCUGGCGUUCCCGCACUCGCUACAGCUGGGACACGGGCACCAGCUGGUGGACAGCCAGGUGCCCUCCCCACCGUCCAGGGGCUCCCCGUCUAACGAAGGGCUGUGCGCGGUGUGUGGGGACAACGCCGCGUGUCAGCACUACGGCGUCCGGACCUGCGAGGGCUGCAAAGGCUUCUUCAAGCGAACCGUGCAGAAGAAUGCAAAGUACGUGUGUUUAGCAAAUAAAAACUGUCCUGUGGACAAACGCCGGAGAAACCGGUGCCAGUUCUGUCGCUUCCAGAAGUGCCUUGUGGUGGGGAUGGUUCGGGAAGUCGUCCGGACGGAUAAUCUGAAAGGUCGCAGGGGGAGACUACCGUCCAAACCCAAAAGUCCCCAGGAGCCCUCUCCGCCCUCGCCACCCGUCAGUCUCAUUAGCGCCCUGGUCCGGGCCCACGUGGACUCCAACCCGUCUAUGUCUGCGCUCGACUACUCCAGAUUUCAGUCCAGCCCGGACUUCCAAAUGAGCGGCGACAACACGCAGCACAUCCAGCAGUUUUACGACCUGCUCACCGGCUCCAUGGAGAUCAUCCGGGGCUGGGCCGAAAAGAUCCCGGGUUUCUCCGACCUCCCCAAACAGGACCAGGACCUGCUGUUUGAAUCCGCCUUCCUGGAGCUGUUUGUGCUGCGUCUCGCCUACAGGUCCAAUCCGGUGGAAGGGAAACUUAUAUUUUGUAACGGCGUGGUGCUGCACAGGCUACAGUGCGUGCGCGGAUUCGGCGAGUGGGUGGACGCCAUCGUGGAGUUUUCUUCCAAUUUGCAGAGCAUGAAUAUAGACAUCUCCGCGUUCUCGUGCAUCGCUGCCCUCGCCAUGGUGACAGAGCGACACGGCCUAAAGGAGCCAAAGCGAGUCGAGGAUCUCCAAAACAAGAUCGUCAACUGCCUCAAAGAUCAAGUGACGUUCAAUGGCGGCGGACUGAACCGGCCCAACUACUUGUCAAAACUGUUGGGAAAGCUGCCCGAGCUGCGCACGCUAUGUACCCAAGGUCUGCAGCGUAUCUUUUACCUAAAACUAGAAGACCUAGUACCGCCCCCGGCAAUAAUUGACAAACUUUUCCUCGACACAUUACCUUUCUGAGUCUUCACAAACAAAAAUAUGGACUUCCAAAAAGACAGAAGGACUGAAUUAUUGUUCUAAUUUGUGAAUAGAGCAGGAUAAGGAUUCGUGUUAUAGGCCUUUGGAUUGUUUGAUUGACAGAGCUCUUACACUUUAUUCUAGCGGGUUUCCAAAGAUGUCUUGUGUAUAUUUGUCGUCAGAUCACUCUUUAAUUUAUUUUAAAUAUGUAUAAACACAAUUACUUUUACUUUAUAUCCUUAUUUAUUUAUAACAAACGAUCAACGUAUUCGCCUUCACGCAGCGCAGAGAGGAUGUGGCCAUGGCAACUGUUAAUUAAACUUACCCUCUCCACGAAUUUACGAACAAAAUUAACUCAUUACGAGACACUUUUUACUCACUUUUAGCCACUUAAUUGGCGCUGCCAUGGCAACAGACCUCUUUGCUCUCUGUGCUUCAGUCUUAACUUUACUUUGUGGCUGGUCUGACGCUAAACUUUCAAUGGAGACACCUUUGCGUAACCCACCCUUGAUGUAAUAUAUGCCAUUUAUAAAUAUAUGCUACCAUUUGCGCACACCACGCUGUAUAUGACAAAUAGAUGAUGUACAAAGUUUGUUACAAUUGACUUUUUUUUUUUCUUUCUUGCUGCCUCGUGCCUAUGUGUAUCUGACAGGCCCCCCAUCCACGAAGCAUGUUCUUUUCCCCCCGAUUUUUGUUCUUAUAGGCACUUGCUGAGGUGAUGUCUAUAUCAAACAUAUACCGGACACUAUGUAGUCUGCUAGAUUUGAUACGGAUUCGUAGUUCUUCUUUUUCUGUACGACGCGUUCUGUGGCAGAUUCUUCUCCUGUGUAUAGAGACCCGAGGGACCCAUGGUGUUUGUAAAACUGUCAGACAUUCCUUAUUUGUAUGUGCUGUAAGUAUUGUUGCUGUUAAAUAUAAACGUUUCUAUAUAUUUAUGAUUUAUAUCGCCAAGAGCUACACUUAUUACGCAUGGUGCAAAAUUGGACAAAAAAUGGACCAUCCCGCCGAGCACGUUGUGUCUCUAUGUUUUUUCCUGUCUUCUUCCUUAAACGUCUAGAGCUAGUUCAAAGUUUUUUAUAUUAAUUUAUUUAUAUGCCCCGCGACAUCUUCUCCUUAAAAAGCCAGAAGGGUUUGUUUGUUCGUUCGUUGAUGCUACUAUUGCAGCUCUGAUCC